AUGCCAUUUUUUUCUGGUCUGUACCCCCUUGGCAAAGACCUUUUCCUGUACAUGAAGGAUCGGGGACAAGCCGUCGAGGAUUUGAAAAUGCGAAUGGAACUGAUGAUACUAAAUGUGUCGUUCAUAAACUCAGAGAAUAAAAGAAUCGAACGAUCCUUGAAAAAUUCGGUCUCCACAGAGAAAACCGAAUUUUACGAACCGAUGAAAGAAAUGAUCGCCGGCAUCAAUAAAGAGACAAACAAGCUCAUCAACAAGUACACGAGGGUCAGCAAGAACCAACUGAGCCCAACAAAUCCGAGUUUGAGCAUUAAGAAGCUCAACGAUCUGAAAUCGGAGAUGCAGGCAUUCAAAUUCUUCAAGCUCUCGUGGCUGAGUCAGGACGUCGCCAAGCUAACCGCGCACGCGUCGGAGGCUGCCAAAAAAUUGAAACGGGACCACAUGAUACAGCAGAAGGCGAAACCGAAUCAGCAGCAGCUGGAUGAAGAUGCUAAUAUUCUUCCCCUUUUCGAUAAAUACGCCGAUGAGAUUAUGGAGUACCUGUUUGAGGAAGAGGGAUACAACUGUGUUGGGAUCCUCGGCUGUGAAGGAGCGGGGAAAACAACCGUGCUGAAAAAGCUGUAUAAUCGGCUGCUUUCCGGCGACGAAGAAGGCCGCGAGGUGGAUCACAUCAUCUGGAUAGAUAAUUACCCAGGGACGGAGGAAGAAGUUGUGGAGAAAUUGCAGAAUGAGAUGAUGGAGCAGCUGAAGAUACCUCAUGAGGCUUCCAAGAGUAAAGUUACGAAUGCAAACAAAAUCUCUGCAUUUCUGUGUGAUAAGAAAUACGCGUUGUUCAUGGAUCGUGUCUCCACAUCCAUCGAUUUGGAGGACCUCGGAGUGAAAGAAGACCACAAGUAUAAGAAGGUGGUGGUUUGUUCAUCGGAGAAGAAGGUGGUCCUCUCGAUGACGGAGCACAAGGUGGAGAUACGGAGGCUGGAAGAGGGCGAGGCGAUGGCGCUGAUCGAGUACGUAUGUGGGAAGCUGUACUGCCGGAAAAGUGAGAUCGCCAAGAGGAUCAUCGAUUGCUGCGGAGGGGUACCGCUGCUGAUUCACCUUGUGGCUGUUGGGCUCAAGGACAAGAAAGAUGAUUACUCGUGGAAUAAUAUGCUGCGGAGCUUGCAGUUCGACACCAAGUCUCCUGAAUUGUUCGACCUCGGGGCUUUGGCCAAUGCUUAUGAGAGCAGAUAUGAAGGGCUGAGAGAAGCUGCUAAGAAGUGCUUGCUCUACAGUGCGUUGUUUCCGAUUCAGCACAAAAUCCACACAGAUUAUCUUGUAGAAUGUUGGAUUGCCGAGGGCUUCAUUGUUGAAGAAGCAGACCAGAAAGUAAGGAUUUGUAGGGAGCGUGGACAGGGGAUUCUGGACAAGCUAACAGAUGCUUACCUGCUGCAAUGGUAUUCUGGUAAAAAGUGUGUCAUGAUGCCGCCGAUUUUCAGGAGGGUUGCCUUGAUGCUGGACUAUCCCGGUGGGGAGAAAUGCGAAAAUUGGGUGCCAUCCAAGGAUUGCAGGCCCGACGAGGCAGUCUGGGCAACGGUCAGAAGGAUGUCGUUGAUAGGUUGCAAGAUGGAGCUGCCAGAGAGUCCUAACUGCCCCAACAUCUUCACCUUGCUGCUGCAGUCCCUCAAGCAGGAGGCGGGGCGUCUUCCUGAUUCGUUCUUUACUCACAUGGAGAGCCUUCGGGUGCUGGAUUUGAAUCAGACGGAGAUAACGGCGCUGCCAGGGUCAAUCAACCGGCUCGUGAACCUCAAGAGCCUGUUCCUGAAUGGAUGCCUUGGCAUUGUUGCUCUUCCGCCUGCAGCUGCUAGACUUGUGAAGCUCGAGUUCCUCGACAUCUCUGGAACGUCGAUCUCUACGUUGCCAGAAGUGAUCGGGUGCAUGGUUAACAUGAGAUGCCUGAGAGCUUCUCUAUCUGCAAAACGAGGCAAUCACAAGGGGAAACAAGUGGAGGAAUAUGUGGAGAUAAUCCCAGAAGGUAUCAUCAGCAGUCUGAAAAAUCUUGAAGAGCUGAGCAUAGUUACAGAUUUUGAUUUCCAAGGUGAGAAUGGGAUUUCUGCGGCUGAGAGACUGGCAGAGGAGCUGGCUAGCUUGGAGCAUUUAAACACUCUAUGCUUCAACUUCCCAAAUGUGAGCAGCCUUGAAACAUUUGUCACUCGUAGCAAGGCCUUGAAGAACAAAAAUACAUUUUGGGAAACUCAGACUUUCCGAUCCUUCAAGAUUUUCAUCAGUUGUCAUGAAACACGACGAUGCUCUCAGGAACCAGAAUUUUCAGGGAUGCUAGCUGAGAGAUGGUUGAGAUAUUCCACUAAUGAAAAAAUCUCUCAAUCUUGCGAGGAGCUACUGAAGCAGGUCAGUGCUUUAGAGAUAAUAGGCCAUGAUGGUCUGAAGAGCUUCACCGGCAGCCAAUUCAACUUGGAUCAGGUGAAAGUCUGUGUGGUUGAACGCUGCAACUGUUUGGAAAAUAUCGUGGACGGGUACAUAGCCAGUGAGAAUCAAGAAAGUUCGCUUCUUCCCAACUUGGAGAAGCUUCACUUGUAUGAUCUUGAGAUGCUGAAAUGCAUUUGGGACGGGCCCGUUCCUCGCAAAAGUCUUGUUAACUUGACGACCAUAACAGUAGAUGGCUGCCCCAAGCUGACAAAGAUUCUUGAUCCUGCAUUGGCUCAGUCUCUGGAGAAACUAGAGUAUCUCAAAGUGGAGAACUGUUGUCAAAUUUUAAAGAUCAUAGAGGGGUGUGAUGAAACUUCUGAGGUUGUGCAGCUACUAAAAAGUUUGAAGAUGAUUGAACUGUCAAACUUGCCAAUGCUAGAAUGCAUAUCUGAGAAUACUUCUUCAGUAAGCUGGAAAUCAUUGCAAUCCAUCAUUGUCAAGAGGUGCAGCAAGUUGAAAGAUCUGCCUUUGGCUCACACAAAUGCCAGAAACCUACCAUCAAUCCAGUGUGAAGAGAGUUGGUGGAACACAAUCACUUCAGAUGAUCAACUGAAGUUCCGUGUUUGUUUCUUCAAGGAAGAACCCGUUGAAGCCGGAGCCCGAUCAAGACGAGAAGAAGCAUCAACCAGUGCCAGUGGGAGGUCAGAGGCAAUAACUGCGGCGUCAAGCAUCCCAGAGGAAGAUGAAAAAGAUGAUGAUAUCAAGUCCAUUGAGAACCAUCAAGAUCCUGGUAGGUCAGCUAGCUCCAUCUAUGUGAGACUAUCAAAAGAGAAAAGGAAAUCCAACAAAGGAGUUCAAAGGUUUUUUAGGAUAGUAACUUAG